AUGGCAUCGAAGAAAGCAACGGUGGAUAAGAGCACCACCAUUAGAGCCGCUUCGAAGAACAAGCAGCGCUCUCAGGGCUCAAGCAAGGCUUCAGCUGCAAGCCCUUUUGGCUCAUCGAAUCGCGGCUCGCUCGCUUCUUCGCUCUCGUCGCUCUUCUCUCCACAGCCUCACGGAAAGGAUGCUGCACUGGCAUCGCUGCUCGCAUCAAGCUCCAAGCCACCUGUCAACCUUGGUCAAGGUUCUCGAUUUGCUGCUUUCGGCUCCUUCCCUAGUGCUCAGUCAUCAGCGAUCUCCACGAGCAAAUCGACUUCACAGACCCUCGACGAUAAGCAGAAGGUCAAAAAGAAGAAUGCGCCCUCUGCACAGGGUAGCAUUGACACUACCGCCCCUCCCGGGCAGCCUAGCACAGCGUCGGGUCCAGCAGCGAGCACAAGCAGUAGAACAAAUGAUCAGCAAAAGAAGCAGAAACAGACCGACACAGUCGGCAGUAGGCGCUCAGAUGUAAGGUCACCGACCGGAACAUCUUUGGCCUCAUCCUCAAAACCGGUGGUGCCGAAUCCGCCUGCUGGGAGAAGGCCUAUCUUUCGCCCUGUUCUCGCCAGCUCGACCGCCGUCUCGUGGCCCGAGAUGCCUGUUGCAGGCUCCAAAACCGUCCUGCAUACCCUGCUCGAGAUGCUCGCUAAGCCAGCGCUGCAGUAUACGCUUCGCAAAGACCUCGGUCGAAGGUCACUUUCAAGACCUUCCAAGGCAAAAGAAGAGACCGAUGACACCGCCAUGGACGUCGACAAUACUUCGCAGUUGUCGACUGCGGGUGCGGGCCCGCAAGUCUUGGCAGGCAUCAAUAGCAUCACUCGCGCCAUCGAAAACGAUAUCGCAGCAGACCUUGAGAAGCUGCAUAGCGCUCAGAGGAAAGGCAAAACUGUUGCCGCACAACCACCGAGCAUCAAAGUCGUCUUUGUCUGUCGACAUGAUCUGCCACAGCCAGCACUCAUCGCACAUCUUCCGAUGCUGGUCACAGCCAGGAACGCUGUCUUACAAGCAUGUAGCAACGACGACAACGAAACCAACGGGGCCGUCUACCUCUUUGCCCUCCCCUCAGGCUCCGAAGAGUUGCUCGCCAAAGCACUCAACCUGCGUCGAGCAUCCAUUCUUGCUCUCACAUCCGCUUUCUCCCCCACCCACCUAGCUCAGAUUCUUGCAGCUAUCGAAAGAGAGACUGGUUCUCUCUGUCGUCUUCGUGCAUCUUGGCUCGAAACAGCGAUGCGUGCUGCCAAGCAAUUCAGCGCAAACAACCAACGCCCCUUGACAUUGAAACAGCAACCACCAACGAUCAAGCUGCUUCGCACAACACAGCCUGUCGAUUUGAACGCUUCUAAAGCGGCGAAGAAAUCCAGGAGGAAAGAGAGAUCGGCGCGGUGGAAGAAGCGCAAGAUGCAGACGCAGCAGCGGAUCAAGUCGUUGAGGGCCGAAUUGAAGCAAGCGGUCCAGAAAGAAAGGAACGCCAAGAAAAAGGCUGCUGGAAGGGUUCAGGCGACCAAAGCUGGAAAUAAGAAGGUCGUUCAGAUGUGA